AUGGUACGAAUCGCACUGUGGACCGUGAUGAACAAACUUUCCCCUUCACGCGCGAAGGGCAAGUCCUCUCCUCGGUCGAGUCCAGUUCCAUCCUCCUCCCCUUCGAUCCACGUCGAAGAGCUCGGCGAGCUCAGCGACAAGGAGAAUCAAGAUCCAUCUGUCGUCGAGAACUAUCAACCAUCUCCUCCCACCGUCGAGGUCAUCGACUACACAUCUCCACCCACCGUCGAGGUCGUCGACUACACAUCUCCACCCACCGUCGAGGUCGUCGACUACACUCAAACAUCACCUCCCACCGUCGAGGUCAUCGAUAAUGCCACAUCCGUCGAAGAACAGUCCUCUCCUCAGCCGAGUCCAGUUCCGUCCUCUUCGCCUUCCACCACCACCACUUCGGUCGAAGAGCUCAGUCCGCUCAGCGACAAGGAGAGUCAAGAGCCACCCAACGCAGAGAACCAUCAGCCACGUCCUCCCUCCGACGAGCUCGACGAUGAUCUUUACAACGUCGUCGUUAUCGACUCCCCCAAGCGCCCUAAACGAUCUUCUUUCAUUCUCGAGGGUUUCGAGGACGACGACUUGUACAACGUUUGCGAGCCGAAGGAAUUGUCCCCCAUCCCAGGGCUUGGCUUAUACGACGUGAAGAAGGACGCUACACCGACGCCGGUACCAGACUCCGACACCACCGCCAAGAAGGAUCUUACGCCGACCCAGGAGCCAAAAUCCGAUACCACCCAGCAGGAGCCUACGCCAGCCCAGGAGCCAGAGUCCGACACCACUCAGAAGGAUCCUGCGCCAACCCAAGAGGAAAAGUCCGAUACCGCCAACCAGGAUCCUACGCCGACUCAGGGGUCAGAGUCAGACACCACCAAAAAGGAUCUUACGCCGGCACAGAAGUCGAAAUCCGACAACAAGAAGCAAGUAUCCGAGGGCAUCCCAGGAUUGGUCUACUACCAAAAGCGACCACUCGCACGCGACGACGACGACACUGAUUCCCCUGCUAAGAAGCUUAAAGCGAAUGACGACUCCGACCGCACUGUUAUCCCCCAGAAUAACCUCGGUUUCGGCUCCCGCAUUCCCACCUUCAACUUCAAAGGUUCCUUCUUCCGCCAGCUCGAACUCAAAGAGCGCAUCAUGAUCGUCAACCACCAACACCUUGGAGAUCGACGAAUGGACACCAGGCUUUUCAUCUCGAGUGUUGUCCCCGCGACUCCCGGGGAUCCCGACACUGCUGCCAUUCGCAGAUCAGCACCGCGCGUCUUCGUGAAGCUACUCCAUCCAAGCCCCGGAUACGGAGUCAACACAACUGAAAUUACCGCCUACAAGCGUAUCGACAGGCUCAAGAACAUACUCGACUCGGAGGUGAAGAAGUUCAGCAUCUUCGUCUUAUCCCUGGAAGCAUACAUAUCCUGCUACGGUGGUCCAACUAUGACCACCCAGAUCUUCGUCAUGCCACUUCUCAAGCGCGAUUUGUCUGCUGCGUUGCGAGAGCGAAACCAAUACGACGGACCAUCGGAAAACGUUCAACUGUGGAUCGCGCAAAUUGCGGCCGGGGUCCAUUUCCUCCACAAUUGUGGUAUCAUGCAUCGCGAUCUCAAGUCAGAGAACAUUCUGUUGGAUGCAGGCGACAACGCUUUGGUUACCGAUUUCGGAAACUCUUUCGUUCAGGUCGACUGGAUCAACGCCAAACUCGAUUAUGACCUUUUGUACUCUCGUGCCAAUUUAGGAACUCCUGGGUGGCUCGCUCCAGAGGUCGAACAAGGUUUGUGGUAUGGCCCGGCAAGUGAUUGGUGGGGUGUUGGCGCGAUUAUGCUCGAGGCCAUGGUCCAUCCGGCCAACUUCUAUAUGGCGUUGUCUCAAUUCCGGGCCACCCGACUGCUUUACCCGAGGAGCAGGAGCGGGGCAGACGCCAAGUUCGCUUUCGAGACUGAGCAAACCAGCGUCCCUUGCGCGUUUGCGAGAGAAGUCCUCUGGAUGUUGCUUCACCACGACCCCCGCGACCGUUACCGUUAUGACCAGCUUUACAGCCACACUUAUUUCGCUGUUUACCGUGAUGGCAGAGUGGUAUCUAUUUUCGACAUUUUGGAGUUCGAAACCGCGGCACGACUGAACAAGGCCAAGCAAGAAUCUGGACCAACGUCCGAAGAUCCGACUGAGGAUCAUCAUCAGCUUCCCUACAAGUGUGACCUUUGGAGGUUCGACCACCCUGGCACAAAUGCGGAAGUGUGGCUCCCAUCCUAUUCGAAAAUCCAUCAAAUCAUCGACAAGGCUUAUGAAUAG